AUUCUGAAACAUGACCGACAGUGACAUUAUACUAAUAGGUCUGUGUGAUAUGAAACCUGCUAUUCAAAACGUUCUAUAUCUUGUCGGUUGCACUAGGUAGGACAACCUUUUCCGUGAAGACAGAUUUCACGUUUGAGAUGCGGAAGGCGUUGACGCAAGGGAGAAUGGGGGUUGUAGACGCGCGAGAAAGGGGCAGCUGAUGCAUUUCAAUUGGAAUAUGGAGCCACAUUGGAUAAGCAGAAGAAGAAUAUCGUGAAAUUGUAGCGAAUGGGCCAUUGAUUGCUCCACUGUAACAUUUUAGUCAAAGAUCGGCCGCUUUGAUCGGGCCGUCUCCCGUGGCGUUACCACAUUGAACAGCAUCAUGGAGACUUCCGCACACACCGGUCAUACUCCCAGUGAUGGGGAUUCUAUAGGCUCUAAUAUGUCCUCUUCGUUGUAACAGUAUAGGCAAGUGUACAUCAUGGAAAAUAUUAGCCUAUAGCCAAUACUAUACUCAAGCCAUGAGUUCAUGGCACGUCUUAAUUAAUUUGAGAUUCAAAUCUUCGUCAUCACGGGGUUCCCUUUCAGGAUUUAGCAUUAGACACCUGAAAAGAGUCACAGAGGCUCCCCCCACUGGCGGUGGCUGGGAUCACUUUAUUGUUUUUGACUAGUGGAGACGCCCAUUCUUACUGGUUUAACAAAAGUAGAUGGCUAACCAAACUACUGGAGAACACAUGCUUGAAGUUGCUAGGUGAGGUUUUGAUUGGCUGAGGUUUGAGAAGCAAGACCUCACGAAUCAGACCACAUGGAGGUCAAAGGGCGCCUCAUCACAUCCAUGGGUGUGGGGGCUCCAGAUCAGGACAGCAAGCUGCAAGCUGAACGCAUCUCCGCGCUGCAGGAGAGAAAGCAACUCCUGGAGGACCUCCUCAGCAGCCGAGUGGGAGAGCUGAGACAAGUGUGUCUGCUGGAGGCGGAGCUGACCGGGAAGGUCCCACAUGCUUUUCCCCUGGAGACAGGAGAGAGAGCUCCCAUUGUACAGCGCAGGGUUGGCCUGCCACAUAACAACACCAAGGGAGAGGAUGAGACAGGUCAGCGAAGGCAGAUGAAAACAAUCUUCAGUGGUGCUCUGUACAGGCACUCAGAGUCAGACAGGAAUGUCCCAAACAGCAAGAGGACCGUUCACCGGGGAUGCCACACAGAGGACACGGUGAUGUCAGAGAGUACUAGCUCCAUGUCAGAUUCAACAUCCCAUGACAAUGAGGAGUCCUCUCCCAGUGUGGCAGCAGACCACUGCUCCAUGUCCCAGCCCCAUCUGUCCCUGGGCAGCCCAGACCACCAGGUCUGUAGGAAACUGUCCCCAGUGGAGAUAUACUAUGAAAUGAGGACGCGGCGUAACUCUGUGACCAGCUCCAUCAGCCCUAGUCAUUCUCUACCAAGGAGUACAUCUAAUGUUGAAGGCAGAAGUGUUCCUGCUACCCCCCUCAUCGCCCGGACUGCCCCAAUCAGUGUUCAUGUCAGAUCGGACGGCUCUGGUGGGAUUGCACUAAAGCAGUGGUCUGGCAGCAUGGAUGUACCUCAUAUGGUGCCCUUAACCCAGGAAGGCUCCUCCUCGGAGCGCAGAGGCUGCCCUUACAGCUCCCGUGCCCGGCGGAGCAACAGUUCUGAGGCCUUGCUUGACCGCUCCAGUCUCCCCGAGGACCCAGGCCCCAGGAACGGGAUGCCCCCCAAAGGAGGGCCUUACAAAAGCUCUGAGACCCUCACUGAUGGCAAGCUGAGGCACAUCCACCUGGGCAGUCCUGAGAGACACCUGGACAACUCUGUGGAGCAGGGCAACAUGCGACUGUCCAUGGGUGGGAGAGGAGAAGCAGGGGGAGGGGGUUACAACGAGCUCCUAAUGGAUUACAUCUGGGGGAAGCAACAGAGGAUUCAAGUGCAACACGAGCUGUACCAAUCAACGGGUAGAAUCUGGCAGGACAUUUCCUCUCCUCGAUCGUCCACUGCUGCAGUGCCUCCUCAAGCCAACGGCUUCUCCCUAUCCCAGGUGCAUCUUCCCAGUGCUGCCCCACCCUACAGCCCCAUGGUGAUCCGUGGCUCCCAGGCUGAGCCUCACCGAGUCAAAGUCACACGGACCAAGUCCUGUGGACCCUUCAUCCCCCUGCAGCAUGACACCAUCCUGCUCUCUGCCUAUGAGUCUCCCCACCCUGCCCCAAGCUCCACUACCUCCUCCAUUCCCAACCUGCACCCCUACCAGACUGAGCUGUCCGGCCCCUCAUUCAAUCACAGGCCUCCCCAGUUCUCUCGCCCAACCGCUGAGGACUCGACGAGGAGUCUACAUAAAGCCCUGGCACUGGAGGGUCUCAGAGACUGGUACCUGAGGAACGCCCUCGGCUACCCUACUACCACGUCAAAGGGGCAUGAUGCAGGGGUCUCCCGCCUCUCACACCCCCACCCUUUGGUGCACCAGGCUCAGUCUAUACAAGGUGAUCCACUCCAUAGGUCCCAGAUGUCUCAGUCAGCCAGCUUCCAUGGCCACCCACUGCAUGGAAGGUCAAUGGAGUUCUCACUCUAUCAAGAGCCCGUUCAUCCUCAGAUGCAAGACAUGACUCCGAAGGAGCCCAGUGCUGACCCUGGCACGUUGGUCUAAUGUAGCCGAGUCAUUUUUUAAACACAUACUUGCUCACACUCACGGACACACACACACAGAUCCGAACAAUGCAAAAGGAGCUGAUAUAAGGUGACCUCACAAGCUAAAAAAAACACAUUACAACCCCAGCAGAAAAAGACUGUAAAGCCGUUCUGAAUGCCCUGUUAUUCUGUAGCUACCGUAUGCUGUAUUGUAUUCUAUCGUUGGUCAGACCCAAGCCACAUGUAACAAACAUCCUCCUUGUUUAACCUAACAAAUCUCCCAAGAUAUCAUUUUUUACAGAAUAUAUUAUAUGUAUUCUAAAUGACUAUUUUGUAUCUUAUGAGAUAUAAAGAAUAGAUAUAGAAGAGGUAAUUUAUUGCUCAUUAGUCUUGUGAUUUAGAAAAAUAUGUAAUGAACUCAUAUGAUCUAAAAAGUAUUUAGACACCAGUGAAUGUGUAAAUGUACAUGUUUGUAAAGAUGAAUAUAUUACAUCUGUCUUUUCAUCUGUCCAUCAAACAUGCAUUGGCUUGCUAUUUCUCAUUUUUUGUAAAACGAAUGGGGACUUACAUUGCAAUAUCGUAGACUGAUGAACAGGAGCUGUGGCUCUGUGUUUAAUACAGAACCCUACCUUUUGUAAAAACAUUAGUGCUUUCUAAUAAUCUGCAAUGCUAACACAAAUCCUUUCAAAGCUUGGUCUUCAAUCAACAAAUGAAAGUAAUGCCUGUUGUUGCCAAAUUGA